AAACAAAAUUUAUCCACCAAUCAUCUAAUUUCCUCGUGUAUAUAUUAUUUUCCCUCCUCCCUUUCCUACUUCCCAAACAGAAAAAAAAAAAUAGAGGGAAAAAAUCAAAAAUCAAAGAAAAAAAGUAAAAUAAACUCGUGAAUUUCAUAAUUGAAAAAGCAAAAAAAGGCCACGUUGAUUUGUUUAUCAGUUGUGUCAUUUUCUGCCUUUUUUUUUUUGCUUUUUAGUCAUAAGAUUUUCCUCUCAAACUCCGCCUCUUUCCUACAUUUCCGCCGUUUCUUUGAUCGGUGUUUGAUAAAAGGUCAAUUAGAGUUCUUGAAAUGCGUUGCUAAGAAUAAAGAUCGGUGUGGUGAAGAAAGAUGGAUUUCGCUUGUAGUUUUAAGCGUCCUACGGUAUUUCAUGGUGGUGAAGGGAGUAUUAGUAGUUAUAGGAUGCUGGAUCCGUUAUGUCCUAGAUUUAAAUGUAGGAAUUUGAGUUACAGUGUUGUUGAUCCCAUGAUUGGAUCCAAAACUCGGUGUUUGAAGAAAAUGAGGAAAAGUAUGGCUUAUGGUGGUUGUUUAAGUUCGAAUUUGGUUUUCGGGGGGGAAUUUAACCGUCAUUUGUGCAGUGCGUACUCUAGUAGGUCGUUGUGUUACGGUUUGCGUGAUGUGUCGAAAGUAAGAGUAGUUAGGUUGUGUUGUCAAGGUAAUGAUUCGUUGGCUUAUGCUGAUGGGAAUGGUCGGAAUGUGGAAUUUGCAGAGAGUGGUGAUGGGAGUUUGAGUGGUACUGUAUCGAAUGGUUUGGAAGAAGAAGAUAGAAAUCUAAAUGGUGAAGUGGAAACACCUAGUCUGGAUGACUUGAGGGAAGUGUUGCAGAAGGCGAUUAAGGAAUUGGAAGUGGCACGUCUUAACAGUAGGAUGUUUGAGGAAAAGGCUCUGAAAAUAUCAGAAGCAGCUAUAGCUUUGAAGGACGAAGCAGCCAAUGCUUGGAGUGAUGUUAAUAGCACACUUAAUAUGAUUCAAGAUAUUGUGAAUGGUGAGUGCGUUGCUAAAGAGGCUGUUCAAAAGGCAAUGAUGGCAUUGUCUUUAGCUGAGGCAAGGCUUCAGGUGACAGCAGACUCAUCUGAAUCUCUGAAAAAGGGAAACGAUUCCCCAGAAAAUUCUGGAGAGAGUGAUUUGGAAAUUGAUAUUAGGGAAGAUAAUGGAGCAGCAUUGACUGCACAAACUGAGAUUAGAGAAUGUAAGGAGAAGUUAGAAAAUUGUCAAGCGGAGUUAAGGCACCUGCAGAGUAAAAAGGGGGAGUUGCAGAAAGAAGCAGAUAGAUUGAAUGAGCUUGCAGAGAAAGCACAGAUGGAUGCAUUGAAAGCUGAGGAAGAAGUUGCAAACAUCAUGCUUUUAGCUGAGCAAGCUGUUGCUUUUGAAUUGGAAGCUACACAGCAUGUGAAUGAUGCAGAGAUAGCUCUGCAAAAAGCUGAAAAGUCUCUUUCUAAUAUGAUUGUUGAGACUGUUGAGCAGCAGGUUUCGGCUGAAGAGACUGUUAUUGAGGAGGAGAUCAGUCCCGGGGGUCCUAAUGAUGUUUUUGUUGAAAGAGAAAGGGAUGCUUUGAUUAAUGGUGGCAUGGUGGUUGCUGAGCCUACAGCAGACAUCAUAUCUGGUAAAGCUAGAAAAAGUUCUGAAGAUAUCAAACAAUUUGAUGAUCUAAGUGAUCAUGAGAACGGAAUCCUGGGUUUAGAUUCUCCAAAAGAAGCUGAAAUUGAAGCAGAAAAGUCAAAAAGUGUUCAAUCGAAGAAGUCGGAAUCUCAGAAGGAGCUGACAAGGGAGACUUCACCUCCUAAUUCCUCAAAGUCGUUGUUGAAGAAAUCUUCACGUUUCUUCCCUGCAUCAUUUUUUUCCUUCACCGAUGAUGGGACAGAGUUCACACCAUUGUCAGUCGCCCAGAGUCUUUUGGAGUCUGCAAGGAAACAAAUUCCUAAACUGGUAGUAGGAGUACUGCUCUUGGGAGCUGGGGUUGCCUUCUAUGCUAAUCAGGCAGAGAGGAGAGCUCUGUUGAUGCAGCAGCCAGAUGUCAUAACUACUAGUAUAGACGACAUUUCCUUAAAUGCAAAACCUCUGAUGCAACAAAUAAAGAAAAUUCCUAAAAAACUAAAAGAACUAAUUGCUUUUCUUCCACAUCAAGAGAUGAAUGAGGAGGAGGCUUCUCUCUUUGAUGUGCUGUGGUUACUUCUUGCAAGUGUAAUAUUUGUGCCUAUAUUUCAGAAAAUUCCUGGAGGCAGUCCCGUUCUUGGAUAUUUGGCUGCUGGCAUCUUGAUUGGACCUUAUGGUCUUUCCAUAAUCCGUCAUGUGCAUGGGACCAAAGCAAUAGCUGAAUUUGGAGUUGUUUUCUUGCUAUUCAAUAUUGGCCUUGAGUUAUCCGUCGAAAGGUUAAGUUCCAUGAAGAAAUAUGUUUUUGGAUUAGGCUCUGCGCAGGUCCUUGUGACUGCAGUUGUAGUUGGCUUGGUUGCUCAUUUUGUUGCUGGGCAGCCUGGUCCAGCUGCAAUUGUGAUUGGGAAUGGCCUGGCAUUAUCUUCAACUGCUGUUGUCUUGCAGGUAUUACAGGAGCGAGGUGAGAGUACUUCACGCCAUGGGCGUGCUACAUUUUCAGUCCUACUUUUUCAGGACUUGGCUGUUGUUGUUUUGCUUAUACUCAUACCUCUUAUCUCACCAAAUUCAUCAAAAGGAGGGGUUGGUUUUAGAGCCAUUGCUGAAGCUCUUGGACUGGCUGCUGUUAAGGCAGCAGUUGCCAUUGCUGCAAUUAUUGCUGGGGGACGGUUGUUGCUUCGACCAAUUUAUAAGCAAAUAGCAGAAAAUCAAAAUGCAGAAAUAUUCUCAGCCAAUACCCUCCUUGUUAUUCUAGGGACAAGUCUCCUUACUGCUAGGGCUGGACUUUCCAUGGCAUUGGGAGCAUUUCUAGCUGGUUUGCUUCUUGCAGAGACUGAAUUCUCUUUGCAGGUUGAAUCAGAUAUUGCUCCAUAUCGUGGCCUCUUAUUGGGUCUCUUCUUCAUGACGGUUGGAAUGUCAAUUGACCCAAAGCUUCUUGUGUCAAAUUUUCCUGUCAUUGCGGGGACAUUGGCACUCUUACUUGGUGGCAAGACCAUAUUGGUGGCAGUUGUUGGUAAACUUUUUGGUAUUUCGAUCAUAUCCGCCAUAAGGGUUGGUCUUCUUCUAGCUCCAGGUGGAGAAUUUGCAUUUGUGGCUUUUGGUGAAGCUGUUAAUCAGGGAAUAAUGUCUUCUCAGCUAUCCUCAUUGUUGUUCCUUGUUGUGGGGAUUUCAAUGGCCCUCACACCAUGGCUUGCUGCUGGAGGCCAGUUAAUUGCCUCUCGUUUUGAGCUACACGAUGUUCGAAGCUUAUUGCCUGUCGAGAGUGAGACUGAUGAUUUGCAAGAUCAUAUUAUCAUUUGUGGAUUUGGGCGUGUUGGGCAGAUCAUAGCUCAGCUACUUUCGGAGCGCCUAAUUCCAUUCGUUGCCCUUGAUGUGCGGAGUGAUAGGGUGGCAAUGGGACGUUCCCUGGACAUUCCUGUUUAUUUUGGAGAUGCUGGUAGUCGAGAGGUCCUUCACAAAGUUGGUGCUGAAAGAGCUUGUGCUGCGGCAAUAACCUUGGAUACACCUGGUGCCAAUUAUAGAACUGUUUGGGCUCUGAGCAAGUAUUUCCCUAAUGUGAAAACUUUUGUCCGCGCUCAUGAUGUUGAUCACGGCCUUAAUUUGGAAAAAGCUGGGGCUACGGCUGUUGUGCCAGAAACCUUGGAACCAAGUCUGCAGUUGGCUGCUGCUGUCCUAGCUCAGGUAUGAUGGAUUACAUUUUCAAAUCCCGGGCACCUUGUUUCUGUUAUGCUU